UUGGCUGUUGCUAAGACAGACUGCGUGUUCCGUGUUACUCUACGUUUCAGCAACAUGGCGCUUAACAGGAAUCAUACGGAUGGCGGAGGCGUCUUUAUUAACAAUAGUGAGAGCGUCCUGAUGUCGUAUGAUCACGUUGAAGUCACUUUUAGUGACAUGGAGAACACCCCAGAUGCUUUUCGAGGGACCAAAAAAGGAAGUGUCUUGCUGACCCCAUACAGAGUGAUCUUUAUAUCCAAAGGAAGGGACCAUAUGCAGUCCUUAAUGAUGCCAUUCUAUCUUAUGAAAGACUGCGAGAUCAAGCAGCCGGUCUUUGGCGCCAACUUCAUCAAAGGCUCUGUAAGGCCCGAACCUGGUGGUGGCUGGGAAGGUUCCGCUACGUUUAAACUGACCUUUCCAGCAGGUGGCGCUAUAGAGUUUGGCCAGCGUAUGUUGCAAGUAGCUUCUCAAGCCUCAAGAGGUGGCCCACAAAGCCCUGAAUACCCAUACAUGCCCAACGGUGGCUAUGCCUUCCCACCCCCUUCUGCUAAUGGUAUCUACCCUCCUCCCCCAGCUGGAUAUCCUUACCCUCCACCCCCCAACCAGUUUUAUCCCGGCCCCCCUGUUCCGGAUGGUUCCAUGAUGUACAUGCACCCACCUCCUCCUCCUUACCCUGGACCAAUGGAGCCCCCCUCCUCUGCUUGCACCACGGAUUUGCCUUCCACUGCUGCAGCAGAGGCCAAAGCUGCUGAAGCUGCUGCCAGUGCUUACUACAGUCAGGAUAACCCUCACGUUGUGUACAUGCCCACGGACUUCCCACCUCCUCCUCCUUAUUUCCCACCAGAGGAGAAGAAAAAUCAGUAGUCAUCCCACCUCCUCUUAUGCCAGCCUGUGGUUUCUGCUAUUGCCCCUUCAAUGUUUGCAAACUACUUACUGCCCCCCGAUCUGGGUUUCAUGGGCCUGACAGACAUGUGGAGGGAAGGGGGUGCCUCUUACUCCAAAUCCCCUCUGCCAAUGGGACCUGGCACACGUUGUUGAAAGAUCUCUCUGAGCCAGGAUGGCUGUAGUUGGUCUUAAAGGGCUUAUGUAGUCUGCUCGUGUUUUUAUGGCUCUGGAGACCAAUUCCUGCCCCUUUGUCGUCAAUGACAGGUGGGGUGGGAUUUUAAAGGGAUACUGAACCCAAAUUUGUUCUUUCAUGAUUCAGAUAGAUCAAGCAACUUUCUAAUUUACUCCUAUUAUCCAUUUUUCUUCCUUCUCUUGGUAUCUUUAUUUGAAAAAGCAGGAAUGUAAAGCUUAGG